AUGGUUGUGGUUAACGCAUAUGAGAUAUGUCAAGAAUUUGCUUUUGGAUUAUGGAGACUAUGGAAAAACAGGAAUGAAGUCGUCUUUAAGGGGCUGCACCGCCAACCUCUUGAAGUUCUGGAUUUAUGGCGGAAGAACAUCAAUGAAUUUAGGGAGGCGACAGAUAGUGUGGAAGGGGACGUUGAGGCCAAGGCAAAAGGCAACCACCCAGCUACUGCCCGAACUACCCCUCACCGGCAAAGGCCCAAGUUCGGGACCAUCAAGAUCAAUACGGAUGCGGCAUGGUGCAAGGAUUCCCGUCGUGCAGGAGUGGGCUGGGUGGGGAGAGAUUUUGCCGGGGUGCUCCAAGCUGCGGGCGGCACCGGUACUAUGCUCUGUCAAAGCGCUGCUGCGGCCGAAGCCAUAGCGAUACGCUCAGCGUUGUCGGCUUGUAUUAAUCACGGAUUCAAUCAUGUAAUUGUCGAAUCUGAUGCUCAGAAGAUCAUUCAAAUGAUCAGGAAGGAAGUGUCUGAAAACUUUAAUUUGGACUGUGUUCUUGGCGAUAUCAAGAUACUAGCACGAAUGUUGACGUCGGUUACGUUUGCGUUUGUGCCUAUGGAGAGCAAUCAGGCUGCUCACUUGGUGGCUAAGUAUGUGCUAAAGGAAGGUCGUGAUUUCACCUGGGAUAAUAUUGGCCCAACUUUUUUGUUUAAUACUCUUGUUCAAGAUGUAAACCUUUUGAUUCGCCUUUAA